UCUUUUCCUAUUGGACAAAACAUUCUUCACGAAAGCCUCAUUCCUACUGCAUUGGACUUAGCCUCAAAGAAAAAGCUACGAGUUCUUCAUGAGAAGUUGAAAUAUGUUAAAACCAUGAUCAAAGAGGAAGAAGUUGUUCUUAGUCGAUUCCGACAAGAUACUUAG